AAGAACAGGAUUAACGAUGAUCAACAACAUCAGCGCGCGAGAGGGACUAUGUUUUCAAAAUAACAGAAAUGGAGAGAUAUUUGUCCCCAUCUCAUGCAACAGAGUCGGAGUUUUAUCUUCCUCGCUCAGAAAAACGUUCCUUUUUGACCAGUACCCCUACCUACAGUUACUAUGGCAACCGUGACCACUCCAUUAGGUCAGUAAUCCCGCAGUGUCACCUCCAGAGACCCUCAACAGAGAUACACUCAUACAGACUACAGAGCCAAUCAUGUAGGCCGAUACUGAUUCACGACCAAUCAGAGCACAGCUUUGAACAUCAACCAAAUCUUAGAAACUCCUUUAGUUCUCAUGGAGGAUGGAGAAACUGGCAGCAAUAUGAACCAUGUACAAAGACGUGUAGUGUGGAUCUGUGUCAGGACAGCUUUCACUGUAACCAGCUUCCUCGGAACAAUGCUCCUAGAAAUGGCUUUCAUAGCUCCCUCCCUCGCCAGCAGUCAGCCACUGGGAUAAUGCGCGUAAUUCAUGAGAAUAUGGAGGAUAAAGUAAUGUCCACAUCUGAUGAGAAUGAAAGUUUUUCUGAGGCGUCAAAUAUCUAUCCUUUGUGCAGUAAUGAAAAUGAGAAUGGUAGUCUGAAAGGAAAUUGUGGGAGUGAGGUGACCUCUGCCCCAGAAGCCCAGACUCUUUACUCAUGGAUCAUCAAAGUUUUACCAGAUAAUUCUGGCCCAUGUGUGGAAGGAAAACUUAAAGAGGAUGACGACACGUACUGGCAUUCUAGUCUUAUCGCGGAGAGACUCGAGUCUCACCUGGUCGUAACCGUCAGUGGGAAGGUGUAUCGCUUGAUGGGAGACAUGGAAGUCGAAGAUGCUCACUCGGGAGGGUUUGAUGAUCAGACAAUAAGUGAAUUUCUGUGUGGUUUUCCUGUUCACUGGAGGGAGGUGAUGGACACAUUCUUCUCUGGAGGAUCUUCCAAGUCUAACAUGAAGCUGUCACAUAAUGAUGUGGAAGUUGAUGGUGAUGUUGAUGAUAAUGUAAGUUUAUUGGAUGAAACAUUAAAACCCUCAGAGGAAACUCAUAACUUGGAGGAGGAAAAAUUAAAAUCAAAUGAAGUAGUAAAAACAACGAAGAAAAAGGAGAAAUUAAAGAAGGAAAUCCCUAAAAAGCCUGUCACAAAAGUCAGGACAGUAAAAGCGAAAGAAAAAGUCAGUCAAGUGAAGGAGCAGUCAUCUAUAAAGAAAGUGGAACAUGCUAAGAAGAAACAGAAGAAAGAUGUAAAGACUUCAGUUCCCAGUGGAAAUGUCAUAGAGGUGUGUACACCUGAGAGUAAGGUGAUUAAGCUGGACUCUGUACAGACCACCAGAAGUGGACGAGCUGUCAAACCAGUGCUGGCCUGGUAUGCCGGGCAGUCAGUCAGUAUUGACCCUGAGACCAAUUCCUACGUCCUCCGACACAGGACUCAGUUUGCUGAGACAGUUAUGAAGGACAUGACAGACUUCUGCAAGUCAAGGUCAACCUUUUUGCGAAAAACAGUUUCAUUAAAUUCCAGUAGUAUUUCUAAAACCUCAAGGGAGCAUCACAAAAACAAAACUUCUGAUAGAAAUGGUAGUGAAAAAAAGGUUGGCAGUAAAUUCAAUAAAAUCAACAACAGGUCAGGUACUUCGGAUAGUGAAUCCAGUGUUAAUAAUUCUAGACAAAGAAAAAAAGCAAGUGGUUCUUCUGUAGGAGAGAGAAAAAUUGAUAAAUCUACAUCUGAUAAUGAGCAAAGGAGUGGUAGUGACCAGUCAUCGAAGAGCAGAAGAUCUUCAAGUGGAAAGACACGACAAUCGAAGAAUGGAGCAGAUAAAUAUGGAUCUGAUGAUGAGAAUAGAAUAGGUAGUGACCAGUCAUUAAAGAGCAGACGAUCAUCAAGUGGAAAGACAGGACAAUCGAAGAAUGGAGCAGAUAAAUAUGGAUUUGAUGAUGAGAAUGGGACAGGUAGUGACCAGUCGUCAAAGAGCAGACGUUCAUCAAGUGGAAAGCCUAGACAAACGAAGGAUAGAGCCAAAAAUACUUCAAAGUCAAAAUCUCCAAAACAAACUGUGAGUUUAAAAGAUGGAAAACCGAAAAAAGGAUCCAAAGCAGGAGAAAAAUGGAGGGAGGAGGAGUCACAAAACAAGGAACAGGGUGAAAAACUGAGGAAUGUUCAAAAUAAACAGGGAGGGUAUGAAUCAAAGCAGAGGGCCACAAAAACAGAAGGAAAAGAAAAUCAACUGAAGGAGAAUAAGGAACAAACAGUGUGGAGGAAAGAGGAGGUCACCAGACUUAAUCUGAUAAUAAAGAAUUUGCAUCAGUGUGACCCCGAAUUCUGGAGUAAAGUUGUGAACCAUGUACAGACGAAGACUGUGGAGGAAUGUCAGGAGUAUUUCUAUAAAGAGAUGCCCAGUAAAAAGAAUGGCAAAGGGGGCAGACCCCCCAAACCCAAAGAGACAGCAGAACAACAGAUCAGUCUUACAGCAAAGAGGGGAACUCUGAAGAGGAAACAGCAGUUACGGGAAUUAGUGGAUCAUUCCAAUAAAGUGUAUCAGGAGGAUCUGUUUGAUGGCACACCAUAUCGGCACCACUCCAAGAUGCCACGCCUCUCUGAUGACAGAGAAGAUGACGUCUUCGCUGAACUCAGUAAGAGAAACCCCCACAUGAUGAACAAAGUCUUCACCCCAAUGACCAGAAUAAAUGUAGACCCCAUCUCCACAAAGAAAACCCCCUCCUCAGGCCUGACUGGUGUAGAUUCACAGAUAAACAGAAAAGAUGCUGAUCAAUACAUACACAAGAUGAAUAUCCAGCGUCGUAAACUGGUAAACAAAACAAAGCCCAAAACAGCCAAGAAUUCGGCCAAGGAUAAAAUUCCUGUUCCAAAUAAAAAAUUAUUCAGCAAAAGUGACGACCUGCAAAGUUUGUUCAUGGAGAAUUGUGGGUCUGACAGUAACCAUGACAACUCAGAGGAUGAGUCUGAUUAUUAUUUCUCUGAGGAAGAAGAAAACUGAGAAGGAUUGGACGUGUCCUGACAAACAAAAGCAACGAAGGUCGAUGGCAUUUGUCAGUUGUCUUGACGACACAGGAAUAUGAGCUGACAAAGAUCAAAUUCGUCAACUGUUAUGACAUUAUUGGAAUGUUUCAUUUUAUGUACACAGGCAAAAUUUAUGAAGUUUUGACUCAUUUUUUUAAACAUUUAGUUUUUGAAAGUGAAAAAAGACAACAAAUUGAAUAGUAGUUUGUAUGUUAAAUUAAAUUGCAUGAAAUAAUAUAAAACAUUUUAAUCUACUUUAUCUUGACAACAAAGAAAACUGUUGAUAUACCAUGAUUCACUAAGUGGGAAAUGUUAUUGGAAUUAAGAGUGUAGAUGUAUUACUUCCUUUUGUGAGAAAUGUAUUGGGUUUUUAAUUCUGUAGGUUUUAAGUAUCGGAUAUCGAGUGAAAACAAGUGUCUUGUCAGAUGUUCUGAUGACCUAGAUACAGGAAAUGUUUACCAUGAGAAGUUGUGAGUUGUGUUUUGCUCACAAUCCAUCGGUUAUUUUUAUGUAGACAAAGUACUCCUUCACAGGAUUUUAUUAUGGCAGAGAUUUUUACAUUUUAUUAGGACACUUUGGUAAGAGAUGUUUUAAGGCAGAGGAGUUGUUCAUCUUCCAUUUUAUGAAUUUUUCACACAAAUUGUACAUACCUAUAUAUCUGUAGAUACUGGUAUUUAGUGUAGAGAUAUGUCAGUAUGCAGUCGUAAUAUGUAUGGUAGUAUUAUCAUUAGCAACUUAUGGUCAUACACUGAAAUUUUUUGUGUAUGAAAACCUUCAGUCUCUAAGAAAAUCCUCCAUCCCCCAUACGUGUAGUUUUCACUGACAUAUAUGUGUAUUUAUGAAUACGAAAUCUUGUUGAUUUAUUUCUAUUUAUUAUAUACAUGUAUAUUUGAUUAUGUUCAUUUAAAGGAAUUCACAAUUUAAAGGUCACUAAGGAUUUUCAGAUAUGUAGUGAAAUUCUUUUGCCCGUUUUAUUUAUUUCCUCUUAAGUAAACAUACCUUUUCACAAGAAAAAUGGAGAGCAUUAUUAAACAUUUAUUAAAUAAUCUGUAGAUGAACUGCUUUGAAUAUUUUUCAAAUAAAAUAAUCAAAAUUUA